UGCAUUAAUUGUCCAAUUUUUUUUUUCGAGUCUGUUUGUGUGUGUGUGUGUGUGUCCCAUGUUUUGUUUACUGCGCUGUGCUGUGCGAGACCCCAUUGAUCGAUCGCUGUGGAGUCGAGUCUUCAACAAAAACUCACGCCGUAAACAGCGGUAGGAAUUAGUGUUUUGUAUGUUAUUUCCACAUUUCUAUCAAAGAAAGAUAUCUUUCUUCUUAAGAGAGAGAGAGAGAGAGAGGAAGAGGAAGGGGGGACGUCAGCGUCUUUUCAACUUGCUUGCCAUUUACUCUUCACUCCGACAGGAAGGCUUUUCUAAUCUUUACGAUGAAGCUUUACAUGUCUAUCAUUCUACCCAUCCAAACCAGCGACUACAGAUAUCCAUGAGCCACGAAAUUAACAUAAUGAAGAAUCCCCUGCAACACUGCACCAUACUAUACACUAUACCUCUAUCCAUCUCCCCACCCUACCUCGGUUCAAAUGAAAUUCUAUACCCCGGGUUUCUAUAUCUAUUCUACGCACCGAGUGAGAUAAGGAUAUCCAGAAAUAAGGUCGACUGCACUCUAUACUUGUCCACUCUGUCUGUCGUUCUAUCGGUUGGUUUGCAUAAAUAGAUAUUUUUC